UCGGGAUUUUCAGGGCUUCAUCGGACAACGUCUCCUUGUCUCCUUCGUCUUCAUCAUUACAGCAUUUGAGAGAAGAGAGAAAAUGAGCGGAGCCGGGAAGAAAAUCGCGGAUGUAGCAUUCAAAGCAUCGAGGACAAUAGACUGGGAUGGUAUGGCUAAGGUCCUUGUCUCCGAUGAGGCUCGCAAAGAGUUCUCCAGUCUCCGUCGUGCAUUCGAUGAGGUUAAUACACAGCUCCAGACCAAAUUCAGCCAGGAACCUGAACCCAUUGACUGGGAGUUGUAUAGAAAAAAUAUUGGGUCUGGCAUAGUGGACAUGUACAAGGAAGCUUAUGACAGCAUUGAAAUCCCCAAGUUUGUGGACACUGUAACUCCUGAAUACAAGCCCAAGUUUGAUGCUUUGUUGGUGGAACUGAAAGAAGCAGAGGCGAAAUCCCUAAAGGAAUCUGAGCGGCUGGAGAAAGAAAUCGUUGAUGUCCAAGAGAUCAGCAAAAAGCUAAGCACAAUGACGGCAGAUGAGUACUUUGAGAAGCAUCCAGAACUGAAAAAGAAGUUUGAUGAUGAAAUCCGCAACGACUACUGGGGAUACUGACCAUUACUUCCAAAACACAUUCUUGCUUUUAAGCUGCAGCUAUGAAGUUUUUUUUUUGGGGGCAGCUUAAGCUGGAGACUCUACUCUGUUGUUAAAUGCUACUUUGCCCUCUUUGUUUUCUCUUUCUAAAUAGCCAUGGUUUUGGAAUACAAUCAACGCCUCACAAUAAAAGCUCUUGCAUGUUUUUCUCGCG